AUGGUUUGUGGGAAUGGAAGAAAUAUAUCAGUUUGGCAGGACAAGUGGAUAAAAGAAAAUGUCUUGAUUGAUCAACGUCAAAAAGAUCCAUUUAUACAACAACACAAGAAUUUAAAAGUAAGUGAUCUGAUUGUAAAUAGUGAAUGGCAUAUAUCUGAUGAAAUGUUGCAAUAUAUUGAGCUAACUGAAUUACCUGUUAUUGGGUCUGGGAGUGACAAAAGAAUAUGGGCAGCUGACUUAAAUGGUAAGUUUUCAUUUACGAAUGUUGUGCAUCAGAUAAGAGAGAAAUUCCAGCAAAUCAGUUGGGCUAAGUAUGUGUGGAGCCCUUACAUACAUCCCUACACAUCAAGUAAUGUAUGGAAAAUGCUAAUAGGAGCAUGUGCAACUGAAGAAAAUAUCAGGAAAAAAGGUUUCAAUACAGUUUCCAAGUGCUAUCUAUGUGGUAAUGGACAAGACAACAUGGAACACAUCCUACGGGAGUGCUCAUUCAGUCUAGAGAUUUGGAAAUGGCUUACAGGUAUGUUCAAUCUCAACAUUCCCACCAAAUUUGAAGAAGUUAUUACAUGUGUCAAGAAACAUAGUUCUGCCAUAAGACAAAUAUGGUAUAUCAGUGCUUUCUCAAUAAUGGUGGAGUUAUGGAUGACAAGAAACUUGAGAAUGUGUGAAAAUACCAAUCCAAAUGCUGAAAAGUUUAAGCACAAGAUAUUAAACUUCACAAAAGAAUGUGGCAUGAGAAUUAAUGGCACACUGAAGAACUGUUUGUAUGACUUGAACAUUAUAGUCAGCUUUGGAAUUAAGGGGAUCAAAACCAGAAACUCUUUUGUGAAAGAAGUAUUCUUUAGAUUGCCUCAAAUGGAUCAAUCUUUAAUCUGUUGUGAUGGUGCAGCAAAAGGUAAUCCAGGAGCUGCAGGUAUUGGAUUUAUUUCUAGAACAAGUAAUGGUUCAUGUUUGGGUGCAGGGAGUGGAGGCUUAGGAAUCACCACUAAUUACAUUGUUGAAGUAAUGGCACUAGUUGCAGCAGGGGAAUGGGCAGUGAGUAAACAUCGCAUGAAUGUAUGCUUCAGUUUGGACUCUAUGGCAGUCAUAAUGGAAUUUUCAAGCGGAAAAAUUCCAUGGAUAGUCAAAAACAGAUGGAGCAAGGUGAUUAAUUCUCUAAGCAUCAUAACAUUCAGACAUUCUUACAGAGAAGUAAACUUCUCAGCUGACAAUUUAUCUAAGAAAGGAACUAAUAUGAGUAGAGGAAAGGUGAAUCUAUAUGAUGGCAAACCAAUCUUUUUGGGAACAUUAGAACAAGAAAAUUCACAUUAUUUUAGAUUUACAUGA